AAGGCAGUGGUUAAAGGUAAAUACUCGUAAAAUCUUUGGAACGAGUGAAAACAACGAAUCGAUUAGUAGGACCCGCUGCGCGACAGUUGGCUAUUGUUCUCGGUUCCCGAAUAACGUAAAUCAUGCGCAGUUGGUACACCUGGGUGUACGCAGAAACUUUCGAGUACGCAGCAAUAUGGCAAAUUAUUUGCGGUGCAUCUUGCUUUUGAUUUAGCACCGCGGAAACUGCGGAGGUACAUUGUCAACGGGAGAAUUUAAUACCAACUUGAACCGUGGAAACUUUAAUUAAUCAUGGCGAGCUAACCGAAUAACGACGCGUAACUCGCUACCUCUAAUGAUCUACGGAACGAUAUAGGACCUGUAUUACGGUAUCGUGUAUAGGUGCAUCGUGUCUGACUCGUAGGGAAAAUUGCACCUUCGAUCAAGAAAAUAACUAACUAAAUAACUAGUAACUUUGAUUUUGUGUCGAAAGGAAGAAACGUAAUUUACUAGCUGUCUAAAUUGUACACACAUUCUGUUCAGGUUUUAGCGAGGAUUUCCUCGUCUGCAAAGAACACGGCCAACCGCGGUCGGAUCGUUCAUUUGGGCCCCGCGAAAGAAAUAUCUGACGGGGAAUCGGUCGCUCCCUCGCUCCCUCGUUUGCGAAAGAAGAUUUCCAACCGCGGCGCGCAUACGUCGAUUCUCGGCGUAGAUUGGCUCGUAGAAGCGUAGAACCCUGUACAUGGUGCACACAUCGCGCACCACACGCCACACAGGCUAACACAUGCCCGCCGCUAGCUUUGGUGCAAGUGGGCGCAUGCCACGAUCCUUGUGUCGCGAUAACAUAGUCGGCUCGGUUUCUAUCUCCUCUGACAACUUAAUUCCGGUGCUAAGCGGCCUCUGCUCGUUGCAUGACUACUAGGAAGCCGACCCCCUCCAAGUGAAAUGGUUGCACAGCCUGUGACGAGCCGCCGGUUCCUUCCUCUUUCCUUUCUGCCGCCACUAGUUUGCCUAACGAUCGCUGCCACCGCUGAACUUACCAUCGGUGCAUCCUUAAAACGCUCCUGGAUCCCCACGAGUAGCCUACGCUACUGCUGCCGCUCCACCGGUAUACUCGCGCUCUGAUUCGUCGGGAUUUUCUCUUGAUAUCUCUUUAACGAAACCUCGGACAUUUUCGCCAAAGAAAAAAAAAAAAAUAUAUAUAUAUACACGUCGAAUUGAGUAACCUCCUCCUUUUCGAAGUCGGUUAAAAAUGUUGUUCCUCGCAGCACCCCUUUCAAGGAACUCCAACAUUUUUAGUAAAUGCACCCUGCAUAGGAACUCUACGAUAAACGCGCAAAUCUUAUUAGCGGUUUAUUAGCGUAGCAAAGAGAUGCGUAGAACGAACAUUUUCUCCUGUUUCCUCCGUUUCUCGUAAAGUUCCUGUUUUUUUUUUGCUUUUUUUUUUUUUUUUUUUGAAACCGUGUAAAAGCGAAAUCGUGUUAGAGAAGCAUGUUGUAAAUCGGGGAAUCCCGUUCGCGGUGAGAUGACAGAGGAAGAAGGAAAGUUUGAAAUUGAAGGGGGAGGUAAAAGACCGGACAAAAAGGUAGCGUCUGGAACUAAUGCAUCGUGGGAGCGGAGAAGGCACGAGCAACGCGAGUCGGUGGAACAAGGAAAGGGAACGAAGGAAAGGUCCGUUGACCCAGUGACACACUUCCAUUUCCUUUCUCAACGCGAGCCAACGGCAGCGUUCCGAGCAGGCACCGGGUGUGGGCGUAAAGGCGCGUUCACACGGGAACACCCAACAUACGCGAUUACACCUGCGAAACAGAAAAAGACUCCGGCGUUUCCAUUAUCGGUUUAAAUUCAGGUUCUCGAUAAGUUUUCACGUAGUAAUGAUAACGAUCGACGAUAUCGCAUCGACUGACCCUGAUAUACGCCAUUGCUUUAUGCUUCCAUACUUUCUCCGCCCUUCCUACCCCCACCCUUCUCCUUUACCUUUACUCGGGUUUCUUGCAGACAUUUGAACGAACUCUACGUUUCACCUUGUCGUCUUUCUCAGCCGUAGCACCCCUCCUGUUACCGUGGAUACGACACUGGCCAUUUUUUUUUUGGUAUCUACCAGCAACUCGAGAUGUUUCUUAACAAUCUAUUGCUACGAGUUCUAAGAUUUCGAGAUGUUGGAACAAGGUUACCUUUAUCUCAUCGACAAUCAUUUUAUUGACACGUCGAGCUCCAAAGAAACGAACCCUAAAGAAACAGGUAUUGUAGAUUUGCUCCGUGAAAGCUAACGGCGAGUGUCGCCUCUCGAGUGCGAAGGGUUAACGGUCAUUCUGGUCGCGCAUGCGCGAAAAAACGCGUCCCCGACUGGCAUCGCUGCUGCCACCAACCGCUGUCCACCCUUCAACGCCAUCUUCACUUUGUUGACGUAACGUUAGCCGAAAAGGAACCUCCUGCGAAUAUUUUCCUGAAAAAUGCCCAGCAAACCCUCGCAGGAUCAAAGAAUCACGUUCGCUGAAAUAUGAUAUGCGCAACACAGUCGUACGUAGCUACCUGGUGUCCUGUUUGCGAUAGAAGAGUCAGCGAAAAAGGAGGAGACACUUACGGGCUUCUCGCUCAUAUUCGCGAAUCUCAUCCGAAGAGUUCUCGCCAAUAUUUUCCUCAGGAAGAGAAAAAGGAAGAGUCGAGGGCUACGUCUAAACGACUAACUCCGAAAAGCGCGGCUAGAACAUGCGCAAAGAAAAACGAACCAAAAAAGGUCUACGCAACGCGCGUCGACACGUGGAAAUCGCACAAUGAAACAAAAUUGUGUCCUCGAUGCCAAAAGGAAGCGGUACCGACACUUCACGCCAGAGGAGAUAAACUGACCACCUCGCACAUCGGUGCUCUUUGCCUCUUAGGGUGUUGGCCACUUUGCUUCGUGCCGUUGAUGAUGAAGCGCGCGAAGAAAGUGCGCAUGAUUUGUCCGUUGUGUGGAUACACGUAUGGCAGCUUUCAGUACGAAAACGCUUCGCUGGCGCUUUGCAAAACAGAUUCCGAAGAUUCGCAAGCGAGACUCUCGUCGCCACCGCGAAGCUUUCGUUUGCAAGCAACGAGAGAGGAAUAUUGAAAACGAACGCUUUCCAAAUAUACGAUUCGAAUCUAUAAAGUACGUACAUAUAUAAAUAUUAGCGGAUUAGUAGCGAUACGAAGUACCAAAAUUAAAAAUGUACGUUCUAUAAUAAAAUUCAAAUACGGUAAAUGUAU